AUGGCUGACAGAAGUGGGAAGACUAUUCCAGGACAAGUGUAUAUUGAAGUGGAAUAUGAUUAUGAAUAUGAAGCUAAGGACAGAAAGAUCGUGAUAAAACAAGGGGAACGAUACAUCUUGGUGAAAAAGACCAAUGACGACUGGUGGCAAGUCAAACCAGAUGAGAACUCCAAAGCAUUUUAUGUGCCAGCUCAGUAUGUCAAGGAGGUCACCCGUAAAGCUCUCAUGCCGCCUGUUAAACAGGCAGUUGGACUGCCAAAUAAUUCUAUGAAAAUGAUACAGAGUCUCCAUCUUCAGAGGUCAACAGAAAAUGUGAACAAAUUGCCUGAGCUUUCGAGCUUCGGAAAGCCAUCAUCGUCUGUUCAAGGAACAGGUCUUAUUCGUGAUGCCAAUCAGAAUUUUGGACCCAACUAUAAUCCAUGUCAGACUGUGAACCUAAGCCUGGACCUGACCCAUAAUAAUGGAAAGUUUAACAGUGAUUCACAUUCUCCUAAAGUUUCUGGCCAGAAUAGGACGCGCUUAUUUGGUCACUUUCCCGGCCCGGAGUUCUUGGACAUAGAGAAAACUAGCUUCUCCCAGGAACAGUCUUGUGAUUCAGCAGGAGAAGGCUCAGAAAGAGUACAUCAGGAUUCUGAAUCUGGUGAUGAACUUAGCAGCAGCUCCACUGAGCAGAUAAGGGCCACAACCCCUCCAAAUCAAGGACGCCCAGAUUCUCCUGUCUAUGCUAAUCUACAAGAACUGAAAAUAUCCCAGUCUGCGCUCCCCCCGUUGCCUGGGAGCCCAGCAAUUCAGAUUAACGGAGAAUGGGAAACUCACAAAGAUAGUUCAGGGCGAUGUUAUUACUAUAACAGAGGAACACAGGAAAGAACCUGGAAACCACCUCGUUGGACUCGGGACACAAGCAUAAGCAAAGGAGAUUUCCAGAGUCCAGGAGACCAAGAGCUUCUUUCAUCAGAAGAAAACUACCACAGCAUUUGUUACAGCCAGUCAGAUAGGCAGUGUGGUUCUCCUCCAAGGGGUUGGUCAGAAGAGUUGGAUGAACGUGGGCAUACCUUAUAUACCAGUGACUAUACUAAUGAAAAGUGGCUCAAGCAUGUUGAUGAUCAAGGUAGACAAUAUUACUACAGUGCAGAUGGAUCUCGGUCAGAAUGGGAAUUGCCAAAGUAUAAUGCUUCAUCCCAACAACAAAGAGAAAUAAUUAAAAGUAGGAGCCUAGACAGGCGGCUGCAAGAACCGAUAGUUUUAACAAAGUGGAGACAUAGCACCAUUGUGUUGGACACCAAUGACAAGGAAUCUCCAACUGCCUCAAAACCCUGCUUUCCUGAAAAUGAAUCUUCUCCCUCUUCACCAAAGCACCAAGAUACAGACAGCAGUCCAAAGGGUCAAGAAAAAUAUGGAUUAUUAAACGUAACAAAAAUUACUGAAAAUGGGAAAAAGGUUCGAAAGAACUGGUUGUCUUCUUGGGCCGUGUUGCAAGGUUCAUCUUUACUCUUUACCAAAACUCAAGGAAGCAGCACAAGUUGGUUUGGGAGUAAUCAGUCCAAGCCAGAGUUCACAGUGGACCUGAAGGGGGCGACAGUGGAGAUGGCUUCAAAGGACAAAUCCAGCAAAAAGAAUGUAUUUGAGCUGAAAACCCGUCAAGGAACAGAACUGCUAAUUCAGUCUGAUAAUGACACUGUUAUUAAUGAUUGGUUUAAAGUUCUUAGUAGUACUAUCAAUAAUCAGACAGUAGAAACUGAUGAAGCAAUUGAAGAGGAGAUACCAGAUUCACCAGGAAUAGAAAAGCAUGAUAAAGAGAAGGACCACAAAGACCCUAAGAAACUUCGUGCCAUGAAAGUGUCCAGCAUAGAUUCUUCAGAACAGAAAAAAACGAAGAAAAACUUAAAGAAGUUUCUUACACGGCGCCCCACUUUGCAAGCUGUUCGUGAAAAAGGUUAUAUCAAAGAUCAAGUAUUUGGAGCCAAUCUUGCUAAUCUGUGUCAGAGAGAAAAUGGCACAGUGCCAAAAUUUGUGAAGUUAUGUAUUGAACAUGUUGAAGCAUAUGGUUUGGAUGUUGAUGGGAUAUACAGAGUAAGUGGCAACCUUGCUGUGAUCCAGAAACUGAGAUUCGCAGUCAAUCAUGAUGAGAAGUUGGACUUGAAUGAUAGUAAAUGGGAAGAUAUUCAUGUUAUCACUGGAGCACUCAAAAUGUUUUUUCGAGAAUUACCAGAACCUCUUUUUACAUUUAACCAUUUUAAUGAUUUUGUUAAUGCAAUUAAACAAGAACCAAGACAGCGAGUCGCUGCUGUUAAGGACCUAAUCAGACAGUUGCCAAAGCCAAAUCAAGAUACAAUGCAAAUUCUUUUUAGACAUCUCAAAAGAGUUAUAGAAAAUGGAGAAAAAAACCGAAUGACCUAUCAGAGUAUAGCAAUUGUUUUUGGUCCCACUCUGUUAAAGCCAGAGAAAGAGACUGGUAACAUAGCAGUUCAUACUGUCUACCAAAAUCAGAUCGUAGAAUUAAUUCUUCUGGAAAUAAAUUCCAUCUUCGGGCGUUGA